GUUCUUGGUGCCCUACUGCAUCAUGUUGUUCGUGGGCGGCAUCCCCCUCUUCUACAUGGAGUUGGCUCUGGGGCAGUUCCAUCGCAAGGGUGCUAUCACCUGCUGGGGGAGGAUCGUUCCUCUAUUCAAGGGAAUCGGUUACUCCGUGGUGCUGAUUGCGUUCUACGUGGACUUCUACUACAACGUCAUCAUCGCCUGGGCCCUCCGUUUCUUCUUCGCCUCUUUCACAAACAUGUUGCCGUGGACCUCCUGCGAUAAUGAGUGGAACACCCCGAACUGCCGCCCGCUGGAAGUUCUUCUGUGGUCUAAUGAUGACGCGUCCGGUUUGAACUUCACUAGCAGCCCACAUAACAUCUCCAAUACCACAGUAGAAAAGACAGAGUAUACAUCAGCGUCAUCAGAAUAUUUCAGUCGAGCAAUAUUGGAACUCCAUCGAAGUCAAGGCCUCCACGAUCUAGGAAACAUCAAGUGGGACAUGGCACUCUGUCUUUUCAUCGUCUAUCUCAUUUGUUACUUCAGUCUCUGGAAAGGCAUCUCUACCUCUGGAAAGGUCGUCUGGUUCACUGCUCUGUUCCCGUACGCUGUGCUCCUGAUACUUUUGAUCCGCGGCAUCACCCUUCCUGGGUCCGCCGAGGGCAUCCGGUACUACCUCAGCCCCAACUUCUCUCUCAUCACUAAAGCCGAGGUGUGGGUGGAUGCCGCCACGCAAGUGUUCUUCUCUCUGGGUCCAGGAUUUGGAGUUCUACUUGCCUACGCCUCAUACAACGAGUAUCACAACAACGUCUACCAAGAUGCCCUCCUGACGAGUCUCAUUAACUCCUGCACAAGUUUCGUGGCCGGCUUCGUCAUCUUUGCCGUGCUGGGCUACAUGGCACACGUGUCUCGCCAGCCUAUAGCCGAGGUGGCCACUGAGGGACCCGGUCUCGUGUUCAUCGUCUAUCCUGCAGCCAUCGCCACCAUGCCCGGCUCUAUCUUCUGGGCCCUCAUCUUCUUCAUGAUGCUGCUCACUCUGGGUCUGGACAGCUCGUUUGGAGGUUCCGAGGCGAUCAUAACGGCCCUGAGUGACGAGUUUCCAGUGAUCGGAAGAAACCGCGAGAUUUUUGUCGCUUGUCUCUUCACUCUCUACUUCUUUGUCGGUCUGGUGUCGUGUGCUCAGGGCGGAUUUUAUUUCUUCCAUCUACUGGACCGGUAUGCGGCUGGCUACUCCAUGUUAAUCGCUGUUCUGUUCGAAGCCAUCGCCGUGUCUUGGAUCUACGGCACGCGGAGGUUCUGCGACGACAUCAAGGACAUGAUCGGCUUCGCCCCAGGUUACUACUGGAAGGUCUGCUGGUAUGUGGUGGCCCCUGCGUUUCUCAUGUUUAUCAUAGUGUUUGGUCUGAUGGGAUACGAGCCACUGACGUACGAGAACUACGUCUACCCUCAGUGGGCCAAUGUCAUCGGCUGGAUGAUUGCUUGCUCCAGUGUCUUGAUGAUUCCGUUAGUAGCUAUCAUCCAGAUCAUCAUCACCCCAGGCACUUUCUGGCAGAGGAUCCAAAUCCUGACCACCCCUUGGAGGGAUCAUCAGACAGUGCUGGCGAGAACGAUAUCUAUGAAUGGCGUUCAGUCGGACCCAUCACACAUUCGCCUCACCAGCCCUCAAGCCACGGACGAGGUGUAGGGUUAUCUAGACAUAGGUGUCACCGCUCUAGGCAGGAUCGUGGCCCAUCGAUUGUAUACAGUGUAUAGUCUUCUCCUGACACGGUUUAGUGUUGAACAUUUACGUGCUGUUAGAUGUUAGUGAUGAUAAAUUUAUAUUACUCUUAAGGAAUUUGAAGAAUUAAUUGAUGUAAGUGUUUUCCUUGUGAAAACACAGGAUAUUUAUUUGUGUGUAAUUCAUUUCCAGGAGCUAUUUUAAAACAGCACCUUUUCCUAUUUGAAUGUCGUAGUCGGUUAUUUACAGUUACUGAACAACGGCUUAAUAAUUUUGCCAUGAAACCAACUUUGUAAGUAGACCAUGCAUGAGUUGACUUAACUUUUUUGCAUAUAUUUUGCCACUCUUUGCCCUAUAUAAUAGAGCAUCAUGUAUAAAGCGCAGAAAAUAUAAACACUGAAGUCUCACUGGAUCAAUUAUAAUCGCGCGAUCCAACGGCCGGUCCUACUACUACCGUCGCUGGGACUUAAUACACUAUUAGGGAAUUUUAUUAACUUGUAUAAACCACAUUGAGGGCGUCUAUGUUUGUAUCGUCUUUGUGUGAAUGUAAGUACGACAAGUAGGUGUCAAUGUAUUACGAAAAAACUGAGGGCUCUUGUAAUAAAGCAAAUUAGAGGUCGGACAUUAACCUUUUAGGUUACGAUAGUGGCAUCUUGUUUCAUUUGCCACUUAUUAUAGUCACUAGGUUCACCAACGGAAGUACAGGUCCAAGCCGCAGGAUUGCGCUGCGAACAAUUGCUUGUUCCAGUGAGACUGAGACCUCUGUGUUUCUUCUUUUCUGUGUCCUUAACACUCAUAUGACGUGAAUCUUUUAAAAGCGUCCAGAAGAUAUAUGAAAGGGUGGUAUAUGAAUGGAACUUGGUAAUCGAAACCGACUUUGGUAAUCAGUAAUAACCCAAUAUUCAAAACCGGAGCUCUUAUGGUUCGUAUCGUUAUGUCUUCAGAAUGUAUAAUAUAAUAACGUUUGCCUGUAGGCAUCGGGAGGUUAGUACCGUAAAAAAGAGAGGUUUAACUAUAAGUGUAGACUCAGCAAUGUUCAAGGUCUUGAUACUGACCUAUUUAAAAAGAACAUUCUAAGAAUUGAGAAGAUACAGUACAACUAGAUGCAGCUGGAUUGUGAUUAUAGAAGAUAAAUUUUCCAAGGGUGGCUCUAACUACGUUUUUACUGGGAACUAUAUUGAACGGAAUAUCUAUUUAGAUUGAAUUUAAAUCUUAAUCAUUUCAUAGUUUUAGCUGUCGCAUUUAACAAUUCCUCUAUAGCUGUUGUUGAGAAUGAAAAAACGCACUUCAUAUACUGCUAUACAUUGUAAAUGGUAAAAUGUACAAUUGAAACAGCUACAAGAUUCAGUAGGUCAACUGUACAGUCUGUGUAGUUUGUAUGUAUUCAACGGAGUGAGUACACUCACGUUAUUGAGAGAGGCUUGGUUUUCCAGGGAAGUGUUGUGGAAGUUUUUCGCCUUUGGAGAUAAUGUAAAACACAAUCUUCUACCACCAUCCAGAACGGCUUAUUCACGAAUCUUUAAGCCUCAACUACCUCUUCUGUGAAUUGUCUCAGACUGCUUAGUCGUCUUUUAUUGAGUGUUUAAUUAAACUUCAAAAAUUUAUUUUGCAGCUAAUAGUUGAUUGAUACCAAUCACUCAAAUAUGCUGUGCACAUUGGAGAGACAAAUCUUGCCCAACCCGGUCCAUUUUUCUCGUAACAUUUCUUUCAGGAACUUUUAAGUAAAGCUCAGAAACAAACUUUGUGUGUUUUAUUGCACAACUGUUAUUGCCCGAACUUCAAUGCAGUUUUUAGCUUAUUUACCUUGUCUAUAAAGGCACUUUUAAAAAAUAUGGCAGUCCUUUUGCCGAGAAAUACACUUAGAUAUAGAAAGUAGCCUGAAAGCAGAGUCUAUUUACCAGCAACAAAAUGCUGUUCUUGUGUACCUGAUCCUAACUUACCUCUGCAAUGCCAAAACAGAAUAAAAGAACUGAUUUAUACUGAUUUAUUCAACCGAUUUUAUUACAGGACAUUAGGAAUUUAAUAAAUUAUUAAAGUGUAAAGAUUAUUAAUUAUUAAUCAAGAUGAAAGAGGAGAGCGAUUGUUUUGCUUACUAUUUUUUCAUAAUAAAAAAGGAUUGCUCAACUAGAAGAUAUUAAUUAGAAUCCUUACAGAACAAAACAGUAAUUAUUAAAAAAUAUUAAUUGAGCUUCAAGUAAGAAUUCGAUCAUUUCAGUCCUAAACAUUCCACCGAAUUGUCUAAACAUUGAAUGGAAAUUGGGUUAGUUUGUUAAUAACUUUGUGACAAACUAUCUGAUGAGUUCAAUCGAGAAAUUAACAUUGUAGACGAAAUACAGGUGCAUGCCAUAAUAUGUUUGCACUAAUUUAGGAAACAUUAAAUUAAAAGUUAACGACUGCCUUAUGCGCAGCAUUACACUACUUUCAAAAAUACCACAUGUUACGCCAUUAUACCUCCGCUACACCUUUAUAACGAAAUUAGUGAAGACAGAGUAAAUGAGAUAGAACUAUUUAAAAUAUCGAUCAGCUUAGUAAUGCCAAAGGCCAAAAUGAUACUUUAGUAGUCUACGAAAUUGUUCAGUUUUUAAAACUGUGCAUGUUUAUGUCUCGCAAAGUGAAAAUGAAAUAGUUAUUUAAUUAGGACUUUGUUAACACACUAACCAACUACUUAUCUUUGAGCAUAAAAACAUCAGCCAUUUUUUAAUGAAAAAAUUAAGUAUAGUCUGUAGUUUUCAGUACACCUACCGCAUUUUGAAAACCCCCGAUACAAUACUGGAAAAUUACAGCAACUCGCCUUCAACUUGAUGAGCAGUUUCUUCUUCUCACAAUAAUGAAGUCAUUACGUAACGUGUUGUGUAAAUAUCUAUUACGCAACCUUGAAAUUUUCAGCGUCUCAAUACUAAGUGGACACAGCAAACUUUAACCUCUCGAAGUGACGACAGUGAAAAGGAACAAUUAGUAGGGCGUACCGUUACAUAGUAAUUUAUGUAACAAGUUACGUAAAUAUACAGACUGUAUACUAAAUAUAGAGUAUUCCAUAAAAUAAAACCACGUAGCCUUUUGAAAUUCCUCCCUGAAUGGCGUGGACGUUGAUGGAGUGUUUAUUUUGAAUGGAAGGUAUUUCAAUGAAAUCAUAUAAAAGGUCGUGUUUAAAUAUGAACAGCUGUUUUCUAACUUUCAUUUUGAAUUGUCAACGUCUUUUAACAGUGGAACGAGGACUUAUAAUUCAACAAAAUUUAACACAAUUAAACAUUACCAGAUAAAGCCGUUAUGUAUUAAAUAACAGAUUCAACUAGUUUUUACAAAUUUAUCAUGAGAAAUUACCAGCAUUACCAGUUUAUGUCCAUUAAUACCAAGCUUUCCAAAUCCAUCAUGGUUAUACGUAAAUUAUUAGGCUCACAAACAAAACAAAAUAUAUUAAUGCCACAAAAACUGCAAUUCGAAAAAUCAAUGGAAAAUGUAGAUAUUAUUAUGCUAAAAUCUGUUUAAGUGCAUUGUCAUUUAGGUUAAGAAUGUUUUAUUUCUUCGGUAACAUAAGAAUAAAACAACUUACUUCUUAUUUGUUUAAGGUACUUUGUUUAAUAUAAUGGAGGAAAACAAUUAAUUAUCUUCUUUAGCUACAUUAAUUUUAAAUUUAAAUUCCCCUAACCUUUAAGUGUAGUGUUAAAUAUGGAAGGGACAAUUUUUGCCAUAUUUAGGCAUAAUUCUUUAAAUAUAACAAAAGGAAUAAUUUUUAGUUAUAAAAUAAACACUAAUAAACAAUAUAUUAGUGUUGGAUUUGACCAUAAAUGACUUAACUGCAGUGUUUUGCUUAUCAGUCUUUGAAUUUCAAAAGACAAUUUCUGUCCAACGAUGUAUAUAAUAAUGAUAAAGAACAAUGGAAAGUUAGCUGAAGUAGAAAAGAAACACACAUUAAAAUAAAUAUUACUUAAAUAAUUAAGUGUAGUGUACUUCAAUUGUAAAUAAAUGAAUGUAUUGUCUAACACUGAUAUGAAACAUAUGAAGAUUAUAUUCUCCAUAGAGUACCUAUGAUGCUUUGUCAUAGACUUAUCGUCCAUGUGAUAAAGUGGUGUAUGGUGCAAUAUACAAUAUGUUAUUGAAGUAUUACCAUUACCUAAUGUAGUGUCUAUUACUAAUUUGCUUUCUAACUUGUAUAGUUCUAGUUGUAUCUAUUCUCUUUAUCAGGUUUAAUGUUAAGGGUCGUAUUAUUGUAUAUUUUAAGGAACCAAACUUAAAUGUAGUUUAAUAAUAGUAGUGCUACUACUACACUAGAUUGACUUGAUGUGACAUAUUCUCUGUAAAUAAUAGUGUUAAUUGGCAAAUCAAUUUUAGCUGGAAUGCAUAGUAUUUAGAGAAAACGUGCAACUAGUUUGUUGAACAUAUUGCCAAUUCGUGUAAUUUAAGGUUGAAAGCAGAUCAUUGUGAUAUAAAAAAAGUUUCAUUCCAAGUAAGAUAACAGUUCUGUAUCUGUAGAAAAUAAAUGCAUUUAUUAAUUGUUGUCGUGUUGAUGUAUUGCUUCAUUUCUUUAAAAUUACGUCUUAAAGAUAUAAUUUUAGAUAUAUUUUAAAGAGCAGAUUAUCAAUAAAAUAGAAAUAUUGCAGAUUUUGUUAAUUUCAAACACAUGUUUGGCUGUAUUAGAGAACGUUUUAGCAUAAAGGCCUAAUUAUGCGAAAAAUGUUUACAUAGAGGUGUGUACUAAUAGUGAUUCUGGUUGAUUUUUCUGUAUAAAAAUUAUAUUGUAAAUUAUUACCUAAUCAAUAUUAAUUAAUUAGAGUGGAUAUGUAUUAUUCGUACAAUUAGUAGUUAUAUAGAAAUAAAGAGUGUUAUAGAAAUUCAAUGUCAAUAUUUGGAAGAAUUAACAUUAGCUUUUGGUCCUAGACUAGAUGGUCUCUGGGUAGAAGUGCUUUAUUACAAUGCCAUAUAAAUACUAAUUACGGUACUUAUUGUGUGUACUUGCAGUUGAUGUGUGUAUACAGUAUUCAGUGGACGUCACUCGGUCCAAACAAUGCAGCAUUUGUACAUUAGUAGAGUAAAAUGAAACUAUUCCCUGUAAAUGUCAUCACACCAUACCAUGUCUAAUGUGAAGCUUAGUGUUAGCUUUAGUUGUUGGCCUUGUACAUUUCAGAAUCUUUUAUAAAUUUUGAUAAUUUACAUAAACUUUAGAAAACACCAAUCCAGCCAUUUGGCUGUUUUCUAAACCAUUUAAAUAUGCAUCAUAUUGUGUAAUGUUUGUACAAAAAUUCUGAAAUAUAAGUCAUCAAUGUUGA